AUGCACGCCCUCGCGCUCGCGACGGUGCUGCUGGCCGCUGCUGCCCUCCCGCAUGCGGCCUGCCAAUCGGCUGCGCCCGGCAGCGCGGCCGCCAAGGCAGCCUUUGCUGACCUGUUCUCAGCCCACUGCCACAAGAUUGGGCCGGAGGCCUGCGCGGAGUUCACGACCAACGUCCUGAAAGACGUCACCGCGGCGGCUUCCGGCGGCGGCCCCUGCGUCGUGUCGCCGGCGCAGGUCGCCGCGUUCAAGCCCCUCACCCGCAGCCUCAACGCGUGGGUCGCGUUUUUCAAAGCGAUGAUGCUGGAUAAGAAGUGCAUUGCGGAUGCAGCAUGCACAGAGCGGGCUUACCGCGCCGUCGGGUCCGACACCAAGGCGGGGAGCUUGGCGAUCUUCUACCAGGAGCAGCAGCAGCAGGAGCGGGAGGAGCAGCAGCAGGAGCAGCAACGGCUGCGCCACGGGGAGGCCUCUCAGCAGGCGCAGCAGCAGGGGGCCGACCCCGCGUACCUAGUGAUCAACUUCUACCACCUGGUCGAUAUCCCCGACACCUCAGAGAUGAUGCGGCGGCAGCGGGAAUUUCUGGCUGAUAAGGACAUUCGCGGCCGCAUCUACAUAUCACCCCACGGCAUCAACUGCCAGGCGGGCGGCAGCACCCAGGACGCGCGCGCGUAUGUUGAGUGGAUCGAGGCGCAGCCCGAAUUCAAGGGCGUCUCGUACUCGCUGUGGCCCGCGCCAGGCCACGUGCACCCCAAGCUGCGCCUCAAGGAGAAGCCCGCCCUCAUCUCCCUGGCCGGCGGCGUAGACGGCCUCGCGGUCACAGACCCCGCCGCACGCGCGACGCCGCUCGACCCCGACGGCUGGCGAGAGAUGCUGCGGCGCGCGGACAGCGUCAACCGGCGCGUCGCGGCCGGGGAGGAGGAACAGGCAAAGCGCGUGGUGGUGCUGGACGUCCGCAACGACUACGAGUGGGACGCCGGCCACUUCCAGUGGGCGGAGCGGCCGCGCGAGGAGGAGUUCAACGAGACCCCGGUGGGGGAGGGCGACCAGGACGUGCCAGACUACCUGGCCGGGGUGGACAAGGACGCGCCAGUCAUGAUGUACUGCACCGGCGGCAUCCGCUGCGACAUCUACUCCACGUUCCUGCGGCAGCGCGGCUACAAGAACCUCUAUACCCUGGAGGGCGGCAUACAGAACUACCUAAAGCAGACCCCGGGGGGCGAGGGCUGGAAUGGCAGCCUAUUUGUUUUUGACGGCCGCCUCGCCAUCAACCCGGCCAUCCCCGGCGGCGAGACGGGCGACGCGGAGCUGCCCGCGGCCGUGCCUUGCCAGGUGUGCGGCGCGUCGCCCGCCAAGCUGCCUCACCAGAACUGCGCCAACAUCGACUGCAACGAGCUCUUCCUGGCAUGCCAGGUGUGCCGCGACAGGCUGCAGGGCUGCUGCUGCGAGCGCUGCAUGUCCGCCCCCCGCCUGCUGCGCCCCAUCAAGGUCGACGGCGGGCAGUACGCCUCAUGGAAGCACUACGCUGACGAGGACACCACCGGCCCAGUCAUGGCCACCGGCCGCAGCAGCGAGGGCCGCCUCGCGCGCCGGCGGCGCCGGCGCGAGGCCCUGCGGGAAAAGCGCGCUGUGUUCCUCGAGAAGCGGCGGGAGUUCAAGAGGCAGGCGCGCGAGGCGAUGCGGCUGGUUGAGGAGGCGCGCGCCGCCGCCGCCGCGGCAGCUGCAGAAGCGGCAGCAGCCGCGCCGGCGGGCGCCGCCGCGGAAGGGCAGGGGCGGGAGCGGCAGGGGCGCGCAGCGGGCGCGUGCUGA